AUGCGUGCAGAUCCGUUACCAGAUGCAGAUCCGAAUGAUAAAUUCUAUCUUGGAGAUAAACAUUGUAGAAACAGUGGCCAAGCUCUAGAGUUUAAACAGAUGAACAUCUUCUCACGGGAAGCGUUUGACAAGGGGCAAGACAUGCAUACACAAGCUGCUCCAUCACAAGCUGAGUUUCUCCACAAGAACUUCAAGGCUGCAAAGGAAAAGCUAAAGUCUCAGACAAAGGAUUCAAUCUUGAGAAAGUAUGGUAAUGCAGCUGCUACGGAAGGUGAGAUACCAAUGGAGCUUUUGCUUGGACAAAGCGAGAGACAAGUUGAGUAUGAUCGAGCAGGGAGGAUUAUUAAGGGACAAGAGGUUGAGAUGCUACCAAAGAGCAGAUACGAUGAAGAUGUUUUCACUAACAAUCACACUAGUGUUUGGGGGUCAUGGUGGAAAGAUCAGCAGUUGGGAUAUAAAUGUUGCAAGCAGAGUGUUCGCAACAGUUACUGCACAGGCUCUGCUGGGAUUGAAGCUGCAGAGUCUGUUCUUGAUCUGAUGAAGGCUAACAUUGAGAACAAAGAAGCUUCUGGAGAGAGCGUAAAGACGGUUGGAAAGAAGAAGAAGAUGGUGACAUGGGGAACAGAUGUUCCUGAAGAUUUGGAGUUGAACGAGGAGGCACUUGCUAAUGCUCUUAAGAAUGAGGAUGAGCGUAAGAAGGAAGAAAAAGAUGAGAGGAAACGCAAAUGCAAUGUCAAUUACAGCAAUGAGGCUACUCAGGAAGAGAUUGAAGCUUACAGAGUGAAGAGAGUGCAUCACGAGGAUCCAAUGAAAAAAUUUAGUUUCUUUCUUUCCCUUUCACCAUCUUAA